AUGGCAGCCCUCGAACUCAACGAACGGAGAAGCCACGGCUGGCCGAAGUUCAACCCAACUAAGGAAAGCUUCCGCAGCUUCAUCCAGCGAGUCAACGAGCAUGCCAACGCCACCAUGCGGACGGAAGCGGAUGCACUGAGGGCUCUACCAACAAUGCUGUCCGAAGAAUAUCUGGAAGCCUACCGAGCUGGAAUCAACGCGAACGACACCUGGCGGACAAUACUGGACAAAAUCCGAGAUGCUGUGCUCACACCUGCCAAAUGCUCGGAGUUCCAAGCCAAGCUGUCCGCUUUAUCCCAAGAAGCCAAACGAGAUCGUCAACGAGUGUCCACGCUUCACGAGUGUCCACGCUUCAAAGUUGAAAUUGGAGGAAGAACUUUGAAGAUCCAAUGGAUAAUCGACCUUAUGCAUUAUGACCCUCACUUAUCAGCAGUUUCAUUUUUAGUGAAUUCCAUUCAUUUGGUUGUCCUAGUUCAGAAAUCAAUGAGAACAUCUUCAACAAAUAUUAUAUUGUUGGGAAUUGCGGUUUCUAAUGUGAUAUACAUGGCUUAUCCUAUUAUAAAUUGGAUGAAAACUAACACCGCUACUAGUGUUUCUUUUGGACGGAAAGCCUGUCUUCUUCUCUUUCUUCUCAGUUCCAUCAUUUCCUUUGCAUAUCUGUUGAGUACUGAAGUAGUACCUGGUUACUGGUCAGAUUCAGAAAUUGAAUGUUACAAGCGUUUUUCAAAUAAAACAUCUGGUGAAAUGUAUAACGUGUUGCCAUCAGAACUAUCACAGUGGAACGAAUAUUUGUUUUCGAGGGUUCAGAUGGCGUUGGAUGCAAUUUUCAGCCAGCUAGAGUAUGCAUUCUACCGUGACGGUGUACAACGCUUAAUGUCACUCUGCGUACAGCUGUCGUCCUCGCCUUUAUGUAUGCAAUCGGGCGUGCGCUUUCUCUUUGCCCGCGUGGCUCAGUCGGUAGCGGCGCCGCACCCUCAAUCAUCGCCUUCACAAGUUCAACUCCUCGAGAGGCAUCUUUGA